AUGUCGUCGUCGUCGUCUUCCUCUUCCAAUUCGCCGUGCGCGGCCUGCAAGAUUCAGCGCCGGAAGUGCACGCAGGAGUGCGUGUUCGCGCCGUAUUUUCCGCCGGACAACCCGCAGCGCUUCGCCUACGUGCACAAGGUGUUCGGGGCGAGCAACGUGGCCAAGCUUCUCAACGAGCUCAACGCGGCGCAGCGCGAGGACGCGGUUAAGUCACUCGCCUACGAGGCCGAGGCGCGUCUGCGGGACCCUGUCUAUGGCUGUGUGGGUCUCAUCUCCAUCCUCCAGCACCGCCUCAAGCAGUUGCAGACCGAACUCCACCACGCCAAGAAGGAACUCGCCUCUUACAUGGGAACCCAUUCCAUGCUCCCUCCUCCUCCGCCUCCUCCGCCUCAACCCCGCACCUUCUCUCUCUUUCCCUUCAAAACGGCGCCUCCUCCUCAGCAGGAUCUUUUCUCCUUCAACGAUGACGGUGCUUCCGCUUCUCACGCUUCCCACGCCGCCUUCAACAACCUCGCUGUUCUCUCCCCUUCCCUCGCCGCCGAUCACGCGUUCCCUCACGCGCCCACCCACCCUCUCGCUCUUCCGCAUCACCAACACCUAAUGCUCUCCCGUAUGCAACCCAAGCCCCAAACCGACCCUGUUGAGGUGGUUUUGCUGCACCUAAUCAAGGAAGGGAUGUUAUCUUCUCUUUCACAGACAGACUUAGUUCUUCUCGGUGGGAGACAAAAGGGUGUAAAGAAGGAAGGAGAAACAAAGUUGCAGAAAGGGGAAGGAAAGUGGGGGGAGAGAGAGAAGGGUAGGGAUAUAUGA